CAGCGCGUUCUGAUUGGUCGAGAGAGGGCUGAGACAAACAGCUUACGCCAUAUUUCCAGUUGAACGACAAGAGCUCUCUACGUGCGAAAAUGCUUAAAUAAUGGCGCACAUCGGUGCAAUGGAAGACGCGUCCUCGGUGGACAGCGCUGGCCAGCCGGGUACGAGUGCUACUGGCCCGCUCCGAAGUCGACCGUGCACCCGCGAGAGAGACGCCCAGGUGAGGGCUGUCAAAGCCGCCCUUCAGUCCAAGCUGGGUCCCUACGAGCCGCUACUGACCUACCUGCAGUCGGUGCUGGUGUGGGAGAGACCCGUCCAGUGUGUGCUUCUCUAUGGUGUGGUCAACGUUGUCUUUUGGUUCUUUGCGCUGACGUCGCUACGUCUGCUGUUCCUGCUGGCUUCUGGCCUCGCUCUGCUGGUCGGUGUGGACACCUGGAGGAACCAGAUCUGGCCCAAGCUUAGAGCAAAAAGCAUGGAAGAAUUGGAAAGCGAGAGCUGGAGCCUGGUGCAGCCCGGAGUCCUCAGCGUGCCGGAACUGUGUCACCACAUCGCCGAGGCCUGGGUCAGCGGGGCGGUUCUCGCGUCCGCCGCGAUGCAGUUCAAGCGACACAACCCCGGCAGGUUUUGCAUCCUGACAUUCAGCUUCUUCUCCUGUUUGGCCGCGACGGGAUACUACAUUCCAGGAUUGGUGCUCUCCUACUUGGCGGUGUUGGUGACGCUGCUGACCCCUCUAGCGGUCUACCACAGGCUCUUCCAGCGUGUGCUGGUGAAGCUGGAGCCGGUCCUGCAGCGGCUGGACUUCAGCGUUCACGGGUACAUGAUGUCAAAGCCCUUGGACAACCAGUUCCUGCGCUUGCCUCUGCAUGGCGUCAUCACAAGGGACGGCAGCGACAGCGAGGAGGAGCUGGCUGAAUUUUGCCCCAAGUUUGAUGACAACGUUGUUGCGAAGGAACUCGCUCUGACCGACUCUGAGCACUCUGACGCAGAGAUUUCCUACACUGACAACGGGACAUUUAACCUCUCGCGAGGCCCGACGCCGCUCACGGAGGGCUCUGAGGAUCUGGACAGACACAGUGACGCCGAGGAGUCGUUCGCUCAGGAUCUCCCAGAUUUCCCCUCAAUCAAUCCUGACGCCACCCUGAUGGACGAUGACGACGACACUAGCAUCGGUCUGCCUAGUCUGGGUCCGUCCGGGCUGCACAGUCACCGUGCUUCCAUGCUGGAUGUGGACGCCCACCUGGACUCGGACCAGGAGGAUCUGGAUGCGGAACUCUCCCUCAGCGGCCUGCCGCCCGCCUCCAGCUUCACGGACGACUUGGCUGGCGUCAUCGCCAGCAACAUGAUCCAGGCGGCGCUGGUGGGCGCCAUGCAGCCCCGACGCGCCGCCACCCAGCGAAGGCAAGCCCCCCCUAGGGCGGCGGCCCACCGCCGGAGCUACCGCAAGCAGUCCAGCUCUGAGAUGGACACAGACUUGGACGCGGAGGACUUUGAAAUGCUGGAUCAGUCUGAACUGAGCCAGAUGGAUCCACUUACAGAAGGACGGGGAGGACACGGGGAAGGUCAGGGGUCCAACUUCCUGUCCAACCUGCUGGGUAAACAACAGUAACAAAGUGUGUGAGUGUUUUAGUAAAAAAGAUAUUUUAAUGUUUCAGCCCCGCCUUUCUGGUCAGCAUUAUCACUGUGAUGUCCUUAUUCAUCAGCAGUUCCCCAGCGGAGCGACAGGAAGAACUAUUGAUGUACUCAUGAAUAACCAGCUUUUUUUGGAGUCAUGUCCCAGUCUCGGACAAAAGAGGGCUAUUGAUUAACUUUGGGACCAAAUCUAACAUUCCCACUGGAGCCAUCCUUGUUGCUGUCCCAACACUUUUUAUUUACAAACCAUUGGACAACUUGUGCUGGAGAUUUUUUUUUAGUUAUCUGCUGUUUCCCAAAGCUGCACUUAUUUUAGACGACAAUCUUAUUUGGUUUUCCACAAAUGAAAGAUGCAGCCGAGUAGUUACAGGCGCAGCUCAGUAUAUUAGAAUACUGAUAUAAGCUACUGACUUUGGGGGUUUUAUUAGCUGUAAGCCAUAACCAUCAAAAUGUUAAUGCAUUCUUGAAAAUAAAAAAUAUUAAUUUUCAAAGAUGUUAUAAUUGAUUUAGAUAUACUUGUAUACUUAAAAAAGAUAAAAACUAGUUAGCCGCAGGCUUUUGUCCCAAUCUUUUUUUGUGUGUGUCCAAGGUGAGAUCCUUUUUGCUGUGUGGCGAUAAAUAUUCAACAUUUCUUUCCCUUUUCUUGCCUUUUUAAAUGACAGUGUUGACGCAGCCCAAUCGUUUAUCAUCAUUCAUGUGGUAGUAUUCUAAUUGGGGAUGGGUUUACAUGGGCGUAACGUCUGAUUAUUCUAGUUUGUGAAAGUGGCCCGUUGAGCUUUCUAGUCAGUCGUACAGUAUAUUUAAAAGAAAUGAGCCACCGCUUUCUGAAAUCACAAUUCUAGACUCUCAAGGUGUGCUUUGAGGAGCAGGAUAAUAGUGCACAAUAAAACCGCUGGACUCACUUUCAAGCUCGUGAAUAAUAAGGUGCGACUUUUAAUUGUUAGGAUUUGUCUGAUGGGUAAGUGUGUUAUUUUCUUCUCUGCGGUUGUUUUUUGUAUGUUUUAAUGUGCAAAAUUAUAUUGAAUAAACUUUUCAGGAA